UAAUGUAAAGAACAUGGUGUGAAAGUACCAGAGACAAUACUUGUGUUGCGGUCUGGAGACUGAUGUCACUUGUUGGUUCUUAAAUUGCAGGUGAAAGUAUGGUGGAAACACCAACAAAUGGUGGCAUUUAAUUUUUUAUUUUGACAUUUGCUGUUGUUGGCAUUUAACCUAUCGAAAUUUUAAAAAUGGGAGGAAAACAUAAACAAGCACAGAGAACCAAGAACAACGCUAGACCAUCCAGCAGUGGUCGAAGUGCCGAACUGUUGGGCAACCAGGCCCCGAAGUUCGUUGGUUUCGGAGCGGCGAAGGAUGGGGGGUACGUCCCGGUGCUGCCGGGGUUCUCGCUGGGGGGCAGCGACGUGCUGGACCCCAACAUCAGCGCAGACUUCCAGAUCGUCCUCAAGAAAAUGAACAAGAAAGAUGCUACCACCAAGUUAAAGGCCCUGCAGGAGUUCGCGGAGCUGGUGGGGGGCUCGGAGGAGCGGGAGGUGAGCUCCGUGCUGCCGUUCUGGCCGCGCCUGUACGGCCACCUGGCCGUGGACGCGGAGCACCGUGUGCGCGAGGCGGCGCACCUGGCCCAGCGCGCCGUGGUGCGCUGCGCCCGCCGCAACCUCGCCCCCUACCUGCGGCAGCUGGUGGGCCCGUGGUUCACCUCCCAAUACGACACCCACUGCCCGGCCGCCUCCGCCGCCGCCCAGUCCUUCCAGGAAGCAUUCCCGCCGAACAAGGUCCCGGAGGUGAUAGUUUUCUGCCAGAACGAAAUUUUGAAUUACAUUCACGACAACAUUAUCGUCCAGAAGCCACAGACUGUUGGAAAUCCUCAGGCCCUGUCCAAGGAGGAGCUGGAGGCGAAGCACGAGCGCCUGCUGGUGGGCAGCCUGCAGGGGUACGCCCUGUACCUGGACUCGGUGCCCCCGGACGGGCUCGCCGCCGCCCGGGACUCCAACAGGAGGAUCACGUCCUCCAAGAAGUUCUGGAAGUACAACAGGCAUCCUUCCUCGCUGGUGCGCAGCGCGUGGUUCAAGGUGGUGGCGGCCCUGUGCCAGAAGACCCCCGACCUGGUGUCGGAGGAGUCGGCCCAGGCCACGCUCGCAGUCUUCAGCAACCUGGACGAGGCGGACCCGGUGGUGCUGUCGGCCGUCUGGGACGCGGCCCUCCAUGUGGUCACCACUCUCCAGGACUGCUGGGCGCACGUGAGCGCGGAGAAGCUGGUGCUGCCCAAGCUGUGGUCCGUGCUGAAGCAGGGCGGGCGGGGCAGCGCGGCCGCCAUCUUCCCCAGCCUGCUGCCGCUGCUGAGCCGGCUGCCCGACGCCGUCGUCCGGGACAGGGCCGGCUUCUUCCCCCUCUUCUUCUCGCACAUGCGGCAGGGGUUCAGCCAGAAGUGUGUGUACCAGAGCAUCUCGGAAAGCAACGCGGUUGCCAGGUGCUACACAGAAUGUCUGCGGUUCGUCCUUGUCAAGCAUUUUGAAAAACAGGAUCUAUGCUUGGAUCUCAUUGAAAACCACCUGGUCCCGGCGGUGGAGCUCGCGCUGCAGAGCGACAGCCGCACGCUGGCGGCGGCCGUGUUCCGCCACGUGGCCGCGCUGGCGGGCUCCUGGGACGGGGACGAGCGGCUGGCCGAGCUGCAGGGCGCGUUCUGGGCGGCGGCGGGCGGCAGCGUGCUGAGACUGCUGAAGGACCGGGACCCGCCCGCGCGCGGCCUGCUGGACCACGUCUCGCUGCUGUGCUCCUGCCUGGGCGACUCCUCGCACGACCGCGCACGCCCGCAGCACCGCGUCAAGUUCGCCGGCGUGGAGGAGGGGGCGGACUGCGACGACCCCACGCCCGUCCCGCGGCUGGCUCCGGGCGUCCAUCUGAAGGGGCUGGUCCGGGACGUGUGCCGGGCCUGCCUGGAGGGGAUAGCCGGCGGCGGCCUCCCGCUCUUCCUGCCCCUGCUGGCGUCGCUGCUGCGGAGGUUCGGAGACGAGGAGCUGCUGGCCUCCCUGGCCGGCGACCGCCCCCCGCCGCUGGCGUGGGCCGAGGCCACGGUGUCCGAGUGGCUGCGGCCGGGGUGCCCCUGCCCCCGCGAGGUCGUCGCGUUCACCUUUGUCCUGCUGGAGAUGCUCCCGGAGACGGACCGGCUGCCCCUGCUGGAGCACCUGUCGCAGCUGGCCCGAGACGGCUCGCUGCUGGUGUGGUUCCUGGAGGCGGCCGUGCUGCACCGCCACGUUCCCGCCGUGCGCGAGUGGCUGUCCGGGGCCGGGUGCCGCCCCUUCCUGCUGUGCCUCGCCGGCCUCUCCCUCGGCGGUCCCUUGUCCCGGGAGGCCCAGGGCGUCGUCAGGGACCUCCUGAAGGAGACACCGCAAGCAGGGUUGUUGCUGCCGACGGAGGCAGUGGAGACAGUGCUCCGCGUGUACCUCGAGGCGCUGUCCGCGCCGUGGGAAGCGCUCGCGGACACGUCGUGCGUGAGCCUGGCGUGCGAGCUCGUGGCGUCGCUGCACCGCUGCGACCUGGCGGUGACCUUCGAGCUGCUCCGCAGUCCCGUCUGCCGAGACCUCGUGGUGCUGCUGUUCGACGCCAGCUGCCGCCUGGACGCCCCGUACCGGGGGCUGCACCCCGAGGCUGUGGGGGCCUGGAGCGCGGCGGUGGGGGCCGUGUCCUGUGCGCGAGGCAGCGGCAGCGACGACCUCCGGGACCUGCUGGACAAGUUCGCGGUCGUGCUGCGACGCAAGCUGCUUGAACCUCUGGACCCUGAGGAUGCUGCGGUGCACCACCUGGCCCUGGGUGUGGCCCGCGGUCUGCUGGAGUGCGCGGCACGGGACCCGACCGGUCGCGUGGACAUAGCCGUGCUGGCGACGCUGCACGCCCGCCUCCUCGACGCCGUGUCGAGGGACGCGCCCGGGUGGUGGGCCCAGGCGGCCGACCUCUGCCUGUACGCCCUGAGCGCGGCCGGCACGCUGCACUCCCCCGAGGCGUACCCGGGGGUCACCCCGCUGCCCGCCCCAAGCGAGGUCCCGUGCUUCUCCCGCCUGGUCGCCCUCGGCCUCUUCUCCGCCCUCCUGCUGUCGGAGCUGCGCCCUGCCGGUGACGACGACGAUGACGACGACGAGGAGCCCGCGAUGUUCCGCUGUCUGAGGGAGCACGUCAUCUCCGUCGUGUACACUCUAGUUUUAGGGACUACGUUUUCAUUUCACUAUAAAUCUACUUCGUAUGCCAGUGCCAUUAGCACCAAACUGGCAACCUUGUUCACGCACGCCCAGAAGUUGUUGGACGACCUGAGUUCGGUGGAAUUGGCAGAACUUGCAGCAUCCAUCUACAGCAGAUCUCGUGUGGACGGAGGACUCUGGCUGUUGGUGAAAGACCUGCCUUUAUCAGCAUCUCUGGACCUGACGGGUUGUGAAAGGCUGGAGGAAGAUGAGACGCCUCAUCCUCAUGCAAUUCAGCUGUACUGGAGCCUGAGACCGUCACCGGGGACGGGGAGACCUGCCCCCGUCGAGGCCGUGCUGAGGGCCCCGGAGGUCGCCGACCCGACGCUGGCCGCCGCCGCCGCCUGGUGCCGCGGGGGCGGCUCCGCGGGCGAGCGGGGCUUCUGGGAGCGCUGCACGGCACACGCCAGCGACCAGCUGGGGCGGGAGGCGCUGCUGUGGUCGCAGGGCAGGGACGCGGCGGGACUCAGCUGGGAGGAGGUGAGCAGGACGGUGUGCCUGCUGAACUUCACGACGGCAGUGCUGUCUCGAGACGGCACGGAGGCGUGGAGCGGCCUGGCCAGCGACGGCCAGGCGCUGCUGCCGCCCGUGCUCCAAGCCCUGGCCGAGUGCCGCUCGCAGCUGCUGGUACCCCCAGCGGGGCUGCGCCCUCCUCUGUCCCCCUCCCGGGUCGAGCCGGCCGCCGCGACGGGGAGCCCCGACGACUGCAAGGCCCAGGUGGUCGCGGUGGCCGCCCUGCGACUGCUGAGCCAGCUCCGGAGCGGCCGGCAAUCCUGGGAGAGCCGCUACACGGGGGACGUCUGCGCGUCUUUGCUCCAGCUACUCUUGUCUGUCUCAGAACGCGCAGACGUGCACACGCUCACGUGCCACGACGUGCCGCUACUGGAGAGCCUGGUGAGCGCCGUCACGGGGUUCGAGACGGAGGAGCUCUUCUCGGGCUGGGGAGUCGAGAAGAUCGCGGAGUUCGGUUGCGACCUGCUCACCAAGACCGUCUCGGAGUUGCAGCAAGUCGGCUACCACGUUCUGAAGUCGUCGCUGAAGCACCUGGUGCGGGUGGACUCGGAGGCGCUGGAGCGGUGCGUCGCGGACUCGGGGGACGAGGCGGAGGUGGCGGCGGGCCUGGGCGUGCGGCGGCUGCACCCGGUGCUCGACCACGUCCAGGGCCUCAUGGAGGCGCUGCUGUCCGACUUCUCCCCGGGGGACUGCUGCCUGGUGCGGCCCCACACCGACUCCUUCGCCUUCGCCCGCGCCUACCUGCUCGCCUGGGACCUGCUGCUGGCCGCCUGCGCCCGCGCCGACGCCGGCCUCCGCUUCCACUACGCGUCGCAGCUCUCGGACCAGGGCUACGUGGCGAGCCUGCUGCAGAUCCUGUUCCGCCUGAUGCCCGAGGACGUGGUCCACCUGAAGAAGUCCAAGAACAUGGAGUUCCUGCAGUCGGCCCUCUCCAGCGGCGGGAUCGAACCCCUGGGCUCCAGCCUGACGAGCGAGUGCCUCCAGGACUGGGUGUGCUGGGUGUACCUGCGCGCGCUGCAGAGGCUGCCCGCCGUGGUGCGGCAAUGGUGGAGCGGCCUGGACCCCCGGGCCUCCAGCCUCGUCGAGCAGGUCACCGCGCAGUACUUCUCCCCGACCCUGUGCGGCCUCGAGAUGGAGUCCUUGCAGUCCAAGAACGGCAACAUGACGGUACACGUGUACGGGCGGGCGCGGGAGGUGGUGGCCCGGUACCACGUGGAGGACGUGUCCCUGGAGCUGUCCGUGGUGCUGCCGCCCAACCACCCGCUGGGGCCCGUCAAGGUGGAGAGCGUCACCCGCCAGCCCAUGGUGGAGCACGCCAACUGGCGCAACUGGAUCAUGCAGCUCACCGUCUUCCUCGCGCACCAGAAUGGCUCGCUGUGGGACGGACUGAACCUGUGGAAGAGCAACCUGGACAAGAGGUUCGAGGGCAUUGAGGAGUGCUACAUCUGCUUCUCCAUCCUGCACGGCUCCAGCUUCCAGAUCCCCAAGAUACGGUGCGACACCUGCAAGAAGAAGUUCCACUCCCACUGCAUGUACAAGUGGUUCGACACUAGCAACAAGUCAACCUGCCCAAUCUGCCGCAACUUCAUUCUGUAACAGUCAACAACUUAUUGGUUUAUUAAUUUGUACAAAGUUGUUAUAAUCAUAUUCAAGAUUUCUUCCCACUUCUGUUAUAUAAAAUAUUUUUAUGAAAUGCUGCCAUAA